AUUUUCAGAGUCAACGCACUUUUCUUAGAACGGCCCCACUUGUUCUCAAACUCAUCUAAACUAUAAAUAUCUGGCGUUCUCCUCCAUCAGAUAUCAUUGCUCCCGUUGCGCUCCCUAAGUAGCUAUCUAUCUAUCUAUCAGUUCUGUGUUAGUGCGGGGUAUUGCUGCGAAGAAAUGUCCGGUUACAGACCACGGUAUACGACCGACGAGGAGAUCCAAAUGCUGAGAUUCAUAAUUCAGAGCGAGGGUUAUUGGCAGCUCCGAGGGAAAUCCUUUUGGCAAAGGAUGGAGAGGGAGAUAAUGACGGGCCGAACGUGGCAAUCGUUAAAAGAGCACUUCAGAAAAGUCGUCGUUCACGACUUGGCCCAUCCAAAAUUUAAACUCGCUGCCAAAGAAGUAAAAUUAAUAAAAUACGGAUAUCACAGCAGCGCAGCCGAUAGUACCCCUCGCAAGCGUGACUGCCCGGAUCUGGCGACGACAUCAUCCAAGAGAGUCCGAAAAUCCUCCUCCACCACCACAGUAGGGGUAAUACACGAUUCAUCCUCGGAUGAUGACGAUGCAAGCAGCACUGCGGCCACCACAGGGGCAAUAGACGAUGAUGAAAGCAGCACUGCGAGCAGCACUACCGCGGCCGACCAUCCUCCUCUUCCUCAUCCUCCCGUAACGGAAGCAGAAGCAGAGGAAGAAGAAGACGACGACUGUUCGGCUGGCGAUAGCCACAACGGCACCACUGCAGGUGAACACACCCCCGGAACAUCUUCUGAAGCAGCCGCAGCAAUUCGUCGCUUAGUCGAAUACGACGACACAAGUUCCGAAACCAGCGAUUAGUUGGUCGAUUUUUCUUGUUUUUACCAACCUGCAAGUUUUUAUCUAUAAAUUGUAAUAUUUAUUUUAUUUGAUUAUACCGUACCAAAACGAUAGUCCUUUGAACAGCAACAGCGAGCGGCAGUCGGUAGAUAGCCGCAAACUACCCACAUAACACAAUCCCAUCCAUUAGAU